AUGGCUCGCACAUCAUGGAGCUCGAGCCCUACCGGCUCCGCCAGUGCUGGCAGCGCUGAAAGCUACUGCCGCAGUAAGCCGGCCAAGAGAGGCAGUUUCAUGGAUCAGCUGCUGGCGAUCCUGUACCGCACGCUCCGUCAGACGCUGCGCACUAAGGCGAUUUUGUUCAUGGAGAUCGUUCUGCCGCUCAUGUUCGUCGUCAUUACGCUCAUUUUGUGGUUAGUGUGGUUGCCCUUCCAAGGCCGUUCGAGGCAGUUCAUCGACUACACGCCCUACGCGUCCUCUGCGGCUACGCUGCACAAACAGCUCACCUGUUUCAACAGCUCGGAGGGCGAGCCGAUCCCUGGGCUGUGUGAUUGCGCCUGGAUAUCCAUGCUCAGCAACUACACGGUCCUGUGCGCCGGCGAUUACGACACGAUCCCGUACAAGAACCUCUGCUACGUCGACCUCCCGAUUGACUUCAGCAACUUCAAGGUCAACGGCUACGCAGUUGGGAACAUUACGGGGGCCAACAAGCUGGUGCAGUUGUGGAUCAACUCGUAUAACACGAGCCUAUUUGUGAUCCCGACGCUGGAUGAGGUGAUCAUCUUCCACUGGCUGGCUCGGAUUAGCAGGCCAAAAGCGAAGAGCGAUGGCAACCUCCUCUCCGCUGGCAUCGCGGCUGGUUUGAUGCCCAACUCGAAGCAGUCCUCUGUUUUGUGCUCCGGCGCCCUGUACUUCGUCGGCAGUGCGGCGCAGGUGGACCCGCUGCUCGAUUACUUCCGAAAGGAGUCGGUGCUCUUCGACAAGGUGUACGGUGGCACCUACGCAACCGUGGUAGAGGCGGAGGCCCGGGUACGCGCCACGGAAUGGAAUUGGGCCAUCAUCGAACUCAACGGCUUCGACGCGAGCGAGUUUGAUGUGACCAUCCGCAUGAACUCGACCGCGCUGCCGACGUUUGCGCUUCCGUACGACAAGAGCUAUGGCGGCGGCUUCUACAACAGCCGCGCCGACCUCUACGCCGUCGCCGGGUUUCUGUCGAUUCAGCAGAUCAUCUCGGAAUACUACCUGAAGCUGGUCGUGGGGAGCGCCGCCACCGGCACAGAUUUACCGCUGGACCACUACAUGGCUGUCGCUGGCUACGCCAGUUUCAUCACGCAGCCGCUCCUCACCACUGCCGAUAUCUUGCUGCCGCUCAUCUUUGUCAUGGCGUACCUCUAUCCCGUCUCGCAGUUCACGAAGCGUAUUGUGCUGGAGAAAGAGCUGCGGAUCCGCGAGGCCAUGCAGAUCAUGGGGCUCGGCAACGCCCCGAUCUACAUUUCGUGGUACCUCACCUUCUUCUUGCCGAACUUCUUUGUCACGAUCGUCACCCUCGUCGUGAUUCGGAUGACGUACAUCACAAUCACGAACAUCCUUAUGCUGUUCCUGGUGUACUACAUCUACCUCAUCACCUGCGUACCCCUAGCUGGCUUCUACUCGGCCUUCUUCAGCAAGGCUCGCCUCGCCUCCUUGCUGACGCCGCUCAUCUACUUCGUGUUCGCCAUGCCGGCCUUCGCGAUUCAGAGCGCCAAUACGGCAAUCAUAACCGCCUUUUGCAUCUUCCCGCCCACCGCCUACGCCGUCACGAUGCUCGGCAUUAUUGAUCACGAAAUAGCCGGCGGCUUUGCGGCAGCCAGCUGGCACGACGUCCUCGACACGCCUCCGGUGUAUCUGCCCAUCGUCAUGAUGGCCGUGGACUUUGUCUUCUUUAAUCUGCUUAUGCUCUACCUCGACAACGUUAUGCCGAAGCAGUGGGGUACGCGCAAGCACCCGCUCUUCUUCAUCACGGACCCCGUCAUGUGGUGCUUCAACUCUAAGCACAAGCGCCUCGAGGGCGGCGCCGACGGGCGCGCCGAGAACGGCGUGUUCGAGGACGUCGACGGCGACGACGACGCGGUGAUUUUGGACGGGCUGCGCAAGGAGUACUCGCGCGGCGGCAAGAGGUUCGUUGCGGUGAACAACCUGUACUGGGGGAUGCGCGAGGGCGAGAUCUCUGUGCUGCUGGGGCACAACGGCGCCGGCAAGACGACGGUGCUGAACAUGAUGACGGGGAUGGUCGAGCCGGACGCGGGCGACUGCUACGUCUACGGCAGCUCUGUGCGGACGGCAAAGGCGGACGUGCGGCAGCAGAUCGGGUACUGCCCGCAGCACAACAUUCUGUGGGGCGAGCUGACGUGCCGCGAGCACCUGGAGUUCUUUGGGCGGAUCAAGGGGUUGCGCGGGUGGGAGCUGGAGAAUGCCGUGUGCCGGAUGUUGCACGAGACGGACUUGCUGGAGAAGAUGGACCAGCCCGCGAAGAGCCUGUCGGGCGGGCAGAAGCGGAAGCUCUCGGUCUCCAUCGCCUUCGUGACUUGCAGCCGCCUCAUCUUCCUCGACGAGCCCACGGCCGGCAUGGAUGUGGGUGCGCGGCGAUACACGUGGGAGCUGCUGCGGCGCAUGUCCGCCCAUCACACCAUUUUCCUGACGACGCACUACAUGGACGAGGCGGACCUGCUGGGGCACAAGAUCGGGAUCAUGAGCCACGGGCGACUGAAGUGCAGCGGCAGCAGCAUGUUUCUGAAGAGUCACCUCGGGUUCGGGUACAGCAUUACGAUGUCCCUCUGCGAGGCCGCUUCUGUGAACGUGAUCUCGAAGGUGGUGCAUUCAUCGGUGGACGGCGCGCACGAGGUAGGGGUGAGCGGGUGUGAGGUGAUGUACCGACUGCCCAACGAGUGUGUCGAACAGUUCCCGGAGUUCCUGGAUCGACUGGAUGCGGUGAAAGACGAGCUCGGCAUCCGCGGCUACUCGCUGUCGGCGACGACGCUAGAGGAGAUAUUUCUUCGCGUGUCCAACGAGGAUAUCGAGCGGGAGCGGGAGGAAGAUCCUCUGAUGCAGCUGCACCCAGAUAUCGCCGCUGCGCAGGAGAGUUGCAUAUGGAACUGCGAGAUAGUGGAGGGGCGCAAGGCGAUGCUGUGGUCGCAGUUCAAGGCGAUGAUGACGAAGCGCAUGUGGAAUGGCAUGCGGGACCGCAAGAUGCAGUUUUUUCAGGUGGUGUGCCCGGUGAUUUGCAUUUUGAUCGCUAUGCUGCUCUCACUCAUCUCCCUCAACGGCCCCGACACCAUAACGCUGAACAAGGAUAUCUACCCCGGCGAGGUUCUGGUGGAGAUGAACGGGUGCGAUGAGCUGCUCGGCCCCAACGCCUCCUUCGACAAAUUCACUGUGCGGCACCAAAAAUACAUGAAUGCGCUGAACUUGUCCACCUACAUGGUCGACACGUUUCUUUCUCAGCCCACGUUGCGCGUGGAGGGGCUCGUGUGCCACGAUCCAGACUGGGCAAACGCCGUGAAGGCACCGAACAACGUGAUACACAUACUGAACUCGUCCACCUAUCACCAGGGGCCCAUCUCAGUGAACUCCAUCUACCAGGCACUCUACAGGAAGUAUACGGGAAAAAAUGCACACUUUACGCUGGUGGCUGGAACGAUGCCGCGCACCAAGCAAGAGAAGUUGACGCAGGACGCGCUGAAGACGAUUCUCAUGGGCGCGAUUAUCAUGAUCCCGUUCACGUUCCUGCCGUCGAACGUGGUGGCGUGGGUGGUGAAGGAGCGGGAGUGCAAGGCGCGACAUCUGCAGAACGUGUCAGGGCUGAGCUUUUACAUCUACUGGCUCACGAAUUUUCUCUUCGACAUGGUCGCCUACAUCAUCUCCAUGUGCCUCGUCAUUGUCAUCUUCCUCAUGUUCAGCCGCGAGGAGUACGUGGCCAAGGACCGUAUCGGCGCCGUGUUCGUCCUCUUCUUCAUCUACGGUCUCUCGAGCACCACCACGGGGUACAUGUGCAGUUUCCUCUUCGACGAGCACUCCAACGCGCAGACGAUCGUGAUGGCCGUCAGCUUCGUCUCCGGUUUUCUCCUCGUCAUGGUCGUGUACAUCAUGUCUCUGCUCUCGCAGACCAUGAUGGCGGCCGAUGUCCUCAAAUGGAUCACCCGCAUCGUGCCAAGCUUUGCCAUUGGCGAGGGCAUCAUCAACUUGGCGAUGCUGACGCAGCGGCAGGCGAUCGUAGGCGGUGUGACGGCGUGGUCGAUGGAGACGAUCGGGUGGGCGUGCGUGUACAUGUCAGUCGAGUUCCCGCUGUUUUUCGCGAUCACCCUCUUCAUUGACCACCCGCGGCGGCGCAUGUGGGGGCAGCGCAACCAGUACGACGUCGACGCGGCCCCGCAGACGGUGUCGGAGGAGGACUCCGACGUUGAGAAGACGCGUGAGGACGUGUACAAAGAGGAAGCUGAGGGCGUCAACGACGACAUGGUGCGCGUGGUGGACCUCCGCAAGGUGUACCCCAACGGCAAGGAGGCGGUGCGCAACGUCACCUUCUCCGUGACCCCCGGCGAGGUGUUCGGCUUCCUCGGCACGAACGGUGCUGGUAAGACGACGACGAUUUCGAUGCUGUGCCAGGAGUUCAUUCCCACAAGCGGCAAGGCCUAUGUGUGCGGGUACGACAUCGUGACCGAGAGCGAGCAGGCGCUGCGGUGCAUCGGGUACUGCCCGCAGUUCGACGCGUGCCUGGACCUGCUGACGGUGGAGGAGCACCUGGAGCUGUACGUGGGCGUGCGAGGUAUUCGGUACGAGGAGCGUGACGUUAUCAUUGACGCCUUGCUGCGCAUGUGUGAACUCUCUAUGUAUCGCUACACCUUGUCCUCGGAGCUGUCCGGUGGCAACCGGCGCAAGCUGUCUGUGGCCAUGUCCCUCAUCGGUGGCCCAAGCGUGGUCUUCCUGGACGAGCCGUCGGCCGGCAUGGACCCUGUGGCGCGGCGCGGGUUGUGGACCGCAAUCGAAAAGGUCGCCGACAACAGCUCCGUUGUGCUGACGACGCACCACCUGGAGGAGGUGGAGGCGCUUGCGCAUCGCGUGGCGAUCAUGGUGGACGGCACCCUGCGCUGCAUCGGCGACAAGACUCAUCUGAAGAACAAGUUCGGCACCGGCUUCGAGAUGGGCAUCCGUGUACGUGCAGACGACGAUAUGGUGAAUGUGCACACGUGGGUGAAGACACAGUUCCCCGACGCGACGAUGAACGAGUUUAAGGGGCAACGUUCUGUCUACACGCUGCCGGCCAACGUCGCCCUCUCAGAUGUCUUCCGUCUCUUGCAACAGAAGAAGGAGACGCUCAAUAUUACGGACUACAGCGUCUCGCAGACUUCAAUCGAACAGGUGUUCCUGAGGAUCAGCGGAGAACUAGAGGAGGCGACCGCCUUCCGUCACACGCUGGAGGACACGCUCGCGCUGUCGAGUAGGAAGAGCGCCUUGGCGGAUGCCGCAAAUUUCCACCCGGUAACUCGCAACUUGUCGCUCGACAGGUCGAAAUGGGGCUAUUCGGUGUUGCGUGACGGCGGCUGA